AUGCUGGGAGUAGUCAGCAGAACCGUCAUGGCGGCCCGUGUCCUGGUGCAGUGUGUCCGCUCUGUGGCUCGGCCUUCGCUGAGGUUGUGGGGGACUAAUGCGGCAGUCAGAGCUGCUGUUGUCGGCACGACCCCACACCGUAGCCUCUCCUCCGCUGGAGACAGCCGCAGGACGCGGUGGCUGGAGCUCAGCCGGAUCUCUCCACUGAGUGUGUUCUGUAGACGGUAUGGGGACCUGCCUCCUCUUACCUUCGAUUCCAUAACAGACCGGGUUUUGUAUGUGCUCAAACUCUAUGACAAGAUCAACCCAGAGAAGCUCAACAAAUCUUCCCACUUUAUGAAAGAUCUUGGCCUGGAUAGCCUGGAUCAAGUUGAGAUCAUUAUGGCCAUGGAGGACGAGUUUGGGUUUGAGAUUCCAGAUGCAGACGCAGAGAAAUUGAUGAGUCCUGAAGACAUCGUACAAUAUAUUGCAGACAAAAAGGAUGUGUAUGAAUAG